ACUUAAAAUUCCCAAAUCACAAAAGCCUGCUCAAGCUUUCCCCUACCGGCAGUUCGAAUUGAGAGCAGCUUUUAGAGAAAUCACUCACUCAGUCUCUCAGGAGCAUGGCAACCUCUUUCCUGUCUCAGCUCUCAGCCCCAACUCCAGAACUGGCGACUCCAUCUUCUGGCCUUCCAAAUUCCUCUUUCCUCUCUACCACCAAGCUCGUCUUCUUGACCAAUACAAGAAAACAGAGAUUAGUUCAACAGAGAUGCUACAAGCCCCCUUCUGCAUCUGGGAAGUCUUUCGACCACAUACCCAAGCAGUUCAGACAAGAAAAUCUCAAGGAUGGAUUGAUGGAUAAUUACAAGAAUGUUCCACGACAUCUUUAUGGCCUUACUCCUUCACAACUGGACAUGUUCAUGACUGAAGAUAAUCCAGUCCGUCGACAGUCAGAAAGUGUUACAGAGGAAAGUAUCUCUUCUAGAAAGAAUUAUUUGGAGCAUGGGGGAAUGUACAGUGUAUCAGGCAUGAUGGAUAGGGGUCCUUCAAAAUAUAGUAUGAGUGUAAGCAUGUACCGUGGAGGAGGAAGAGGAUAUGGGAGACCUAGGAGUGCUCCUCCGGAUUUGCCUUCUUUGCUCUUAGAUGCUCGAAUAUGCUAUCUGGGAAUGCCUAUUGUACCUGCAGUCACCGAGCUUCUUGUAGCUCAGUUUAUGUAUUUGGAUUAUGAUGACUCUUCAAAGCCUAUAUAUCUGUACAUAAACUCAUCUGGGACACAGAAUGAGAAGAUGGAAACUGUUGGUUCUGAAACAGAGGCAUAUGCCAUUGCUGAUGCCAUGGCUUAUUGCAAAUCAACUGUCUAUACUGUGAAUUGUGGCAUGGCAUAUGGUCAAGCAGCAAUGCUUCUUUCUCUAGGCGCCAAGGGUUACCGUGCUUUACAGCCAAACUCAUCCACCAAGUUGUAUCUGCCAAAAGUUAACAAAUCAAGUGGGGCUGUGAUAGAUAUGUGGAUUAAGGCCAAGGAACUUGAUGCAAACACGGAGUAUUACAUUGAUCUACUAGCAAAGGGAACUGGGAAGACAAAGGAAGAAAUUAAUAAAGACAUCCAGCGACCUAAAUAUUUCAAAGCACAAGAAGCUAUAGACUAUGGCCUUGCAGAUAAGAUAGUUGACUCGAGCGAUGAUGCAUUUGAGAAACGGGAUUAUGAUGCAUUGCUUGCUCAAUCAAAAGCCAUGAGGGCCGCAGCUGCUGGUCCGAGAGCAGCUCCUUCAGGAUUUAGGUAAUCACAAAAUAGCAUAACAUCAAGAUGGGGAGAAAAUUAUCAAGGAAGUUUUAUGCAGUUGAUGGCGGAGUGAAGCCAGUUACUAUGACGAGGCAGACCUUGGUCAAUGCUCUUGUUCCUAAAUGCUGUAUCCAAUGUGUACAGCUUGGGCAAAGGGCUGUGUAAAAUCUACAUGUGAAACAAAGGGUCUUUCUUAAUACUGUAAUACAAACAACUCAAUGCUUGUUCUUCCUGUUGCUUUAACGAUAAUAUAAUUUUGCUAGUUAAGUUUUUUUUUUU